AUGCCCAUGAGGCCUGGCUCAAGCACUAUUCGCUCGAUCUCUAGAAGAAGACCUUCCUGCUCUCAGUCAUUUUCCUCCUCCACACCCGCGGCCGCUCUAUCACCCUAUCGGAAAUCCCAAAAAUCCACCACUGAGCAGGCUAGAAGACCAGCUACUACUGCCGCAGCUCAAACACAGACAGCUCGACCUAUUCCUAGUCCUGCUUUCAACAACGACUUCCGCCGCAAUGAGCCCUCUCCUUUAGUCAAUCGACAGCUACCCGAGCUUGAUGACUCAUUUGUUGGCCUCUCAGGAGGAGAGAUCUUCCAUGAGAUGAUGUUGCGACAAGGCGUCAAGCAUAUUUUCGGCUACCCCGGUGGCGCCAUUCUCCCUGUCUUCGACGCCAUCUACAAUUCGAAACACUUCGACUUCAUCCUUCCAAAACACGAACAGGGCGCUGGUCAUAUGGCUGAAGGAUAUGCAAGAGCUUCUGGAAAGCCUGGUGUUGUUCUUGUGACGUCUGGACCAGGUGCCACCAAUGUCAUUACUCCCAUGCAAGAUGCCAUGUCAGAUGGCACACCCAUGGUCGUUUUCUGUGGUCAGGUACCUACUACCGCUAUCGGCACAGAUGCCUUCCAAGAAGCCGAUGUCAUUGGCAUCUCGAGAGCCUGUACGAAGUGGAACGUCAUGGUGAAGAAUGUGGCAGAAUUGCCAAAGCGAAUAAAGGAAGCCUUCGAAAUCGCUACAUCUGGACGGCCUGGCCCUGUUCUUGUUGAUCUGCCGAAAGAUGUAACCGCUGGUAUCCUAAGGCGUCCAAUCCCCAUGCAAUCCACGCUGCCCGCACACCCCUCAGCCGCUACCUUGGCUGCCCGAGAACUCUCCCGACGACAGUUAAAUGGCACCAUCAAUCGCGUUGCCGACCUCAUCAAUGUUGCCAAAAAGCCCGUUAUUUAUGCUGGACAAGGUGUCCUUGCCACUCCCGAAGGACCCAAACUCCUGAAAGAGUUGGCUGACAAGGCCAAUGUUCCAGUGACAACGACCUUACAGGGCUUGGGUGGUUUUGAUGAACUUGACCCCAAAUCCUUGCACAUGCUAGGCAUGCAUGGAGCAGCGUAUGCUAACAUGGCUAUGCAAGAAGCCGAUCUGAUCAUCGCCCUUGGCGCAAGAUUUGACGACCGUGUAACUCUCAACAUUGCCAAGUUCGCCCCUCAAGCGAAAGCGGCUGCUGCGGAGAAACGAGGUGGGAUUGUUCAUUUCGAAAUCAUGCCUAAGAACAUCAACAAGGUCGUGCAAGCGACCGAGGCUGUUGAAGGAGAUGUUGCAACCAAUCUUGCGACACUCAUUCCCAAGGUCAACAAGGUGAACGAGAGAGCAGAGUGGUUUGCUCAGAUCAAGGACUGGAAGGAGAGAUUUCCCCUGACCAAUUUUGAGAGGGGCACCCCUGAAGGCCUCAUUAAGCCACAAGAGCUGAUCGAAAAGCUCUCGGCCAUGACCUCCCGCCGAGAGCAGAAGACCAUCAUCGCUACUGGCGUUGGCCAACAUCAAAUGUGGACCGCGCAACAUUUCAGAUGGCGACAUCCACGAACAAUGGUUACCUCUGGAGGUCUUGGCACCAUGGGAUUUGGCCUGCCAGCUGCUAUCGGAGCAAAAGUCGCGGAGCCUAAUGCACUCGUGGUCGACAUCGAUGGGGAUGCAUCGUUCAACAUGACCUUGACGGAACUAAGCACAGCAAACCAAUUCAAUAUUGGUGUGAAAGUCAUUAUCCUCAAUAACGAAGAACAGGGCAUGGUCACUCAAUGGCAGAGCCUGUUCUACGAAGAUCGGUUCGCCCAUACUCAUCAAAAGAACCCCAAUUUCGUCAAGCUUUCCGAAGCAAUGGGAGUCCAAGCUCGGAGAUGCGCUACGCCAUCAGAGGUAGAGGAGAGCCUGGAAUGGCUCGUCAACACCACCGGUGAUGAGCCCGCACUCUUGGAGGUCGUUGUUGAUAAGAAGGUGCCGGUUCUGCCUAUGGUACCCGCUGGUCGAGCGCUACAUGAAUUCUUGGUAUACGAUGAAGCCAAGGAGAAGGAGCGGAGAGUCAUAAUGAAGCAGCGAAGCGGCCACUAG